GAGAAUAUAAAAAAUGAACGAGUCACGCAGUAUUUACCAAAUUAAAUGUAAACAAUUAUCGCAACUGGUCGGAUUACUCUUACGGAGGAAUAACCCAAGGAAAGCUAUCAACACCGAGAGACGUGAAGCAAAUGCAGAUGCUCGGCUCAAAACGGACAUCAAUGCAAAAACCAUGAUGAGAAUAUUAGUAAAAGACAGACAAUAAGCCCCUAUCAGAAGUCAAAUCUGCGGGUCUUAUCAAACCAGAUUGUCGCUUAUAUUUCAAACAAAGUGGUCCGUUAAUAGCGUAACCAAGUGGAACAAAUUUUCUUUGACUCCGGAGCAACGUUUCAUAUCACGCAGCAAUUUCAUCUCGCACUCAGAAAAUGAAAGGUCAUUCUUACUAAUGGUCAAGAAAUUACUUCAACAGAAGAUGACCGGAAACAUCAAUUCGAAUGGACAAUGUACUUUUUUUUCCUGAGUUCCAAGGAAGGGUGCGAGAACAUCGAAAUUUAAAUGCUGUCAAGAAAUUGUGGAAAUCAGAAUUAGAAGAAGUCAUAGAAGUAGCAGGUCUAGAUUCAGAAUUAUGGGUUUCUAUGCUGGCAGAGACAAUGAAAACAUUUCCAGCAACAAGUUCGCUGAAUACAGAAAUAUCCGAUUACGAAGAGACCCGCCCAAUAUUUACAGAUAUGGUCAACGACCUCCGUAAAAUGGUUAGCAAGCACAGCGAUUUGGGAAUGCUACCAUUAGAGUGUCAGUAUUUGAAUAAGAAUGCGUUAGUUUCUGUGGUUGGUCAACAACAAAAUCCAGUUAAGCACUUUACUUUGAAACGUAAACCAAAGAGUGCCAAUCUGCGUACAGAAUUGCUGCAUAAAUCAGCCGAUGCACAAUCGAGUCUUAAAAAGGCAUCGGCGCCAACCAUACCAUUGCGUUCACGCGGCAUGCCCCGCAAAAUGACUGACACCACCCCACUUAAGGGUAUACCCUCUCGAGUGCCUACAUCCGGUUUCCGCUCGCCAAAUGUUCAGCCCAAUCAAUCGCGGCCAAAUAUGAGUCGAACUCCGGCCGGUCGCAAAGACGGAGGAAUUAAACUUAUCGAAUUUACCGAACAGCCUUUAGGUUAUGCAGCUGCAAAAAAACGAAAACGUCAACAAGAACUCGAAGAGCAACAGAAAAAGGCAUUGGAACAAAAGCAAGCCAAUGCCACCACAACAAAUGCUACAACUUCAACAACGGCCUCAAGUACAGCGGCAGCAGCAGCAUCGUCAUCUUCAUCCACCACAGCCUCAACAGUUUCUACAUUGACAACUGAGGCUGCAAAUGUAGAAACAAUUACAGUUUCCACCCCAUCCAUAGCUGCAACAACAAGUGCCGUAGUCACCCCAGACUAUGCACCCACACUCACCUACACCCAGCCACCAACACCAGCUGUGGAAACAAUGUGCGACGAUAAGCUCAUAACUGCCAAACAAAUUGCUAAUGCAGCUAAUACCACGGUUAAUACAUCUCUGUCCUCGAAUGUUGUUCAAGUGAACAAUAAUAAAAUAUUCAUCAAGGAAGAGAUUCAAAUUAAGACCGAAGAUGCGGUUAUGUCGCGUCCCAUUAAAAUCGAGCCGGAUAUUCAAAUGCAGCAAAUUACCAUACAACAACCGAUUACUCAGACAAUUGUUAGUACACCCAGCAGUAUGGUUUCGUCGAAUCAGCUCAGCCAGCCAAUUAAGAUUGAAAAGCUUGACAUCAAGCCCAUAGUAAAAGCGACACCAAUACAAACUGUGGUGCAGCGUCCGAAUGCGUUGGCCAACCUUCCAAAUAAUAUUUCAGUUAAAAUCACUUCCACUAAGGCUACCAAGCCCAAUCAGCAACAUCAACAACAUCAACAGCAACAACAACAACAGCAAAAGCCAAUUCUCAUUAACAGUUCAACACCAGUUAUCCUUUCUCCAACAACAAUUCAAAAUAAACAACCGAGCUUAUCGAAUGCAAGUCAACAAACGCAAACCACGACUCUCAAGUCCCUGCCACUAUCCCAACUCAAAUCGGCUACCAACAGUGGUCCAGUGAUUAUUUCACAGACUAUCAUUCAACCGGCGAAACGUAGCACGCAGAAUAUUAUUGUCUCCUCGGCUCCAACAAUUACAUCAAAUAUAUCCUCAAUGGUUCAGACAUCGGCCGGUAACAUAAACAACAAUAAUUUGCAUAUACAACAAACACAGCAGCAACAACAACAACAACAACACAAACCACAAGCCACGCAAUACAUAAUAACAUCUUCACCUCAAACUACAAUGCCUUCACUGGCAUCGUUCGCGCAGGCGCGACCGACCCAACAAACAAUCUACCAAACAUCUUCUGCGAACACUAUGAGCGGAUCGACUCAAACACCCACGAAAAUCCUCCUCAAAACAGCAUCCUCGCUUCCUGUCAUGAUGUCGACCACCCGCCAAAAUCAAACAACCGUGCAAUCGAAUCCGCCUCCGCUGAUCUCCACCCAACAGCCGACCAUAUUGAACAUACAAAAUGUCAAUCUACCCAAUCGGCCGGUUACCAUUCAGCCAGCAUCUCAUGCUGCCCAACAACAACACAUGUUGCAACAGCAACAUCAACAGCAACACAUCCAGCAGCAUCAACAAAUUCAAACCCAUACUGUGGUCUCGAACACUAAUGCCACUCAACAGCCUAAAUUGACUCAAGUGGUAAUGCAAUCGCCGAAUAAUUCUAACGUCAAGGGCAAAACUAUAAUUCUCACACAAAAGGGUGUGAUUUUGAGGAAUAUUGGUGGCGAUAUGUAUCAACAGAUUCCGAUAAGCAACAUGUCUGGGCUGCAGAAUCUAAAUGCAGCUACUAUAAUGACAAGUGGGCCACCAGGUCUGGUGAAAACCACUCAAAACGCACAAACAAUUCAUGUUCAGCAGCCAAUGAAGCAGACGACUCAGCAGCUACCCGCCUUAAUACCGACUAAUAAUUUGAAUCAGCAGCAAAUCGGGCAAGUUGUUGUGCAACAACAACCUCAGCAUCAGCAAUCUGUUCAAACUAUUAUUGGAAGUCCUCCCCAACAAACUAUAAUUCGCCCAGUUAUGACGCAAAGUUCGCUUCCAUCGUUGCCACAGGGUUUGACAUUGAUACAAAGACAUGGCCAACAAACGCAACUUGUUCAAAUGCAACCUACACAACAACAAAUUCAACCACAACAACAACAACAACAGCAGCAACAACAACAACAGCAGCAACAGAUCCAUAGAACCAUACUGACACAACAGCCUCAAACAACAGUAACAAAUCAAUUAAGACCGCAACAGAUUAUUCUGCAUCAUAAGCCACAGCAGCGUAUUAUUACUACAACAACAACUCAGCAAGCUUUAGCCCAAAAUAAUGCAAAUAAUAGUAAUAAUAGCAAUAGCAGAGGAACACAAAUUAUUGAGGUUCGCCAGCAAUCGCAUCAGCAGCAGCAACAACAGCAACAACAAAAUCCACAAAGGAAGGGUUUGUCGUUAUCGAACGAGCACGUUCAUAAGGCUCAUGAAAUGUUUAGAAAAGCCAAUCGUGUUUCUCGUCCAGACAAGGCACUUAUUCUUGGUUUCAUGGCAGGUCUCCGAGAGAAUCCUCGACCUAAUUCCGAAAAUGUUAUUGUUAUCAAAUUAGCUGAAAGUGAGGAAAAAGUUCAACAAGAAGAUGGAACAUCGGCUCUGUGCCUUGUGGAGUCUUUAAUUCGCUUAGAUUACAACACUGGCGAAUGGAAAACAUUCCAAAACUAUCGACGCCUCGAUCAAAAUUCUAGUGCUCAGAGUACAGAUGGUGGAAUGCAGUCACAGAAUUCUGUAGUGAUAUAAAAAAAAUAAAGAGAACAGAGAACAAAAUUAAAAACGCACGCUUGUCUAUAAUCGUUAUAUUCAUCCACGCCUAGAUUUUUCACUAUAAAAAAAAAGUAUUUUUGUUCUUUGAAAAACAAAUUAAAUUAUAAAUUUAGAAGAAAAAUAAAACAAAAAAAGUUAAGGGAAAAUAAAAUUCAAACUGUAAGAAAAUAAUGUUAAAAAAAAAUAUUGAUUGAACAAAAAAAGAAAUCAAAUCAAAAAAAUAAGGAAAGAAAAAAUACAUUUUCUUUGUUUAAAACCACUUAUUGAAUGAAAUAAAUUUUUAUUUAAAAUGAAAACAACAAAAACAAUAAUAACAAAACGCUAUAAAUGUCUA